AUGCCAUCCCGGGACUCAAAUGAUGAAUCAGCGAAUAUCAUCCUUGAGUUUACCAGGGUUUUGAAAGCCAAAGAACAGGUGGUUGUUGGUAAGUUAUACCAUCUUACUCUGGAAGCGAUUGAUACUGGUAAGAAGAAAAUAUACGAAGCUAAAGUCUGGGUGAAGCCAUGGAUGAACUUCAAGCAGUUGCAGGAAUUUAAGUAUGCCCCUGAUGUCCCUUCCUUUACCCCAUCAGACCUGGAUGCUAAACCUGAUGGCCAUGAGCCAGGAUGGCAGGCAGUGCCAACUCAUGAUCCUGGGGUUCAAGAUGCAGCAAAUCAUGCUGUUAAGUCCAUCCAGCAGAGGUCCAACUCGUUGUACCCCUAUCUAAUCUUGAUUUCUUCCAAUAUACAGAUGGGGUCGAGUUCCUCCGAGUUAUUUGUGCUAUUUGCUAUUUACUUGGCCAUCUCCAACCGUUCAUGGCUGGUUGAGCCACCCUUGUCAAUUUAG